AUUCAUCGGACGCGGCAGUAACAACCGUGCUGUAUACAGUAUCACACGUUAGAGUCGAGGUGAUUGAGCUUGGUCUAUAAUCUCGUUAGUAAUUUCUUGACUGAAGAAGUCUUCGUCUAGAUCGUGGAUAGUGAAAGUAAUCGAACGUACACCGUGGACUACGUGAAACAAGCUUCGCGACGUAGAAAAACACAUAACAGUCGGAAGAGUGACAAGGUGUAGGUCUAAUCGGCAAACACAUUGACCGCGGCCGUCGGAUGCACACAUGCUGAGAAACCAAGAAACGAUUUUCCGUAUACACAAGCUUCCGUCAUCAUGAGGCCUUGGACUAUCAAAUCUCUUGGCCUUGGUCUUUUCGGCGUCCUGCUGAUCGUUUCUGGCACGGUCCUCUAUUUCUCCUCGUCAUCAAUUUUUCAUUACAUUCUGCAAAAGGAAAUGCCGUUGACGCCAAGUUCGAAAGCGUUCGAAGUAUGGAACGACACGAGUAGCUUGCCGCCCAUGUAUUUCAAAAUUUGGUUUUUCAAUUGGACUAAUCCAGAGGAAUUGAAGACACCUGGAAAGAAGCCGAACCUCGAAGAAGUUGGUCCUUACGUAUUUCGAGAGAUCAGGCAAAAAGCAAACGUAGUGUUUCACCCUGAGAACCACACUGUCAGCUACUUCAACCGACGAUGGUGGUACUUUGUACCGGAGCUUACCAAUGGUUCCUUGACUGACCGCAUCACACAACUGAACACGGUCGCGAUCUCAGCGAAACACAAAGUACGAUACUGGGAUGGAGCGCUGCAAGCCACCCUGUCGCUGAUGUUGUCGUCGUUGGACGUGCAUACCACGAAGACAGUGGAUCAGCUGCUAUUCAAAGGUUACGACGACACGCUCAUUGAGCUUGGAAAAAUGGCAGCCGGAAUGGGAGAGGAUGUUCCACCCUUUGACAAAUUCGGAUGGUUCUACAUGCGAAACGGCUCCACGAUGUUCGAUGGCCACUUCAAUAUGGACACGGGGGCCCAAAACAUCGACGACUUUGGGAUCCUGAGGAAAUGGAACUACAAAGACACGACUAGAUUCUUUAGAAGCCCGUGCAACGUGGUGGAAGGAAGCGCUGGAGAAUUCUGGUCGCCGUAUCGACAGAAAGAUGAGAUUGUCAUGUUCAGCGGUGACCUAUGCAGGCCGUUGACGUUCGAGUACUCGCAGACAACCGAUCACAUGGGCCUGGAGGGCUACCGAUACGAUCUUAGCGAGAAGACGUUGGGAAACAAUACGAGACGACGCUACCCUCACGACCAGGCCAAAUAUUUCGAGCAAACUACCACGACCGAGGACUUUUUCGAGGCCGAACACUCGGCAGAGGCCACAAAUGCCCCGGAAGAAGACCCAGACGUAGUAAACAUAGGAAACUGUUUUUGCAACGGAAAAUGCACUCCUGCUGGUCUACUGAACGUAAGCGCCUGUCGUUAUGGCGCUCCUGUGUUUGCCAGCUUACCUCAUUUCAACAGAGCCGAUCCUAGUCUCAAAGAACAAGUCACCGGACUUAAUCCCGAUGAGGAACAUGACUUCUUCAUCACGCUCGAGCCGAAAACCGGCAUUCCUUUGAAAGUAUCUGCUAAGUUGCAGAUCAACGUGCUGCUAGAACCGUUAUAUUCUGUGUCGCUUUUCAGAUCCGUACCGACCAUUUAUUUCCCAGUGAUGUGGUUCGCGUUGGAAGUCGAGGCCACUGACAAGUUCGUCAACGAGUUAAAAAAGCUCCUAUCUCUGCCAAAUAUAUUCAUAUACGCUGGCGCGAUUAUGGUGCUCGUGGGAUCCCUUAUAGUCUUCACGAUCGCGAUAUUAUACCUCUUGAACAAGCAACGCGCAAACUCGGCGGCUGGCGACAAGAAUUCCAAACUAGAGACAGCAACGGCUUCGGCGAACAAAUCAGAACUGAUUUAUUUGGAUAAGAGCAACGGUAGUGACGAUGUACACGUCAGAAACGAUCGUAAAUUAUACUUUAAUUCGAUCGAAUGCUUCAACACGGAUUUACAGCCGAAGCUUCAGAAUCAAAAAUAAAGGAGAGGAAAGAAAACGUUUAGCAAUGGAUUUAGUCGAUCGACUAGGAUUAAACGUGUUCGACGGGUGGCGUCGAUGCGACUAACAAUCGGAGGAUUCUCCUACUACGACAAAGUGUCAAAGUAUUUGAACGCAACGCCGUAUCAAUCGCGCGAAUUAACUGGAUUCAAACAUUUAGGAUUUUAGACAAAAUGGAUCGAAUUCCUAUGGAAUGGUUUAUGCGUCAUAGGAAAUAGAGAUCUUCUAUAGCGUAGUAUGAGUUACGUUUCGAGUCCACGAGUCUUUGAAAUAUUUUCGUACAUAUCACCUUCAGCUAAGGGACCUUGUGAUUUCCUAUUAUUUAGACCAAAAGGUUGCACGUUUGUACCUCAAUUUAAUGGUAAAAAAAAAAAGACAGCUAGAUCAAUCCAACGAUACAUUCCAUACCUUUAUGUUAUUCAACAAAAAUCAAACGUAAGACUGAUAAAAGCGGAGAGGUCAUGAACGAUGUUUUAAUUAACCUUUAUUAAUGGAACUCGAAUCAAAUAACAAUAGAUACGAUUAGUUCGGUCUUCGUAACACGAAUGAUUCGAUACGUCGACAGAACCAAGCAAUUACCGAAUUGCAAGCAUCGUUCAUGCUCAUGAAUAUAAGUAUAAACGAACAGAGACGGCGAGUCGCAUUAAUAGGGUAAUAGGUGCCAACUUUUGCGGCCGUCGUUUAAAGGUGCUCUCAGACAAUCGAUAAUAUUGUUGAUAUUUCAGGGUUUUCAACGAAAGAGCUGUUCGUGAAUUAACAAUAUUGUACUGACAAUAUAUUUGAUCCUUUUAGUUGAGAACCAUGAAAUAUUGACAAUAUAUAUAUAUAUAGGUAUAUUAGUGUAGUCUGAGGUCAGCCUAACAUACGUUGAUUAGCGUACGAUAAAUAAUAAUUUUAUCGCCAAUACCGAUGUUCCUGUUGUUCUGAAUGCUAUUUUUGUGCCAAACUCGUGGAGAAAGGCGUUAAGUUUUCUACUUGUUUAUUACUUGUUUUUAAGAUUGCCACGGGCGCCAAUGAUUUAUGCCGAUCAAGUGUAAUACAUUUUACGAAGCGUAAAUUAGCGUGUUUCGAUCAAGUGCAAUUAUCGUCUAGUUGUAAUUCUAUUCUGUAAUCACGACACACACGAAAAAAGCUUCUGGCCGUUUUAGAUUUUGUAUUGUAUUUUAAUAAAAACUCGAUACUUUUACUACCAUAUGUAA